AUGGGGGCGCGCGGACGCCUUGCCCUGCUGCCUCUCGCCCUGCUGUGCUUGCUCGUCCUCGCUCUGGGCCUCCCGGUCUUGGGCGCCCCGCCACGCCUCAUCUGUGACAGCCGAGUCCUGGAGCGGUACAUCCUGGAGGCCAAAGAGGCCGAGAAUGCCACGAUGGGCUGUGCCGAAGGCUGCAGCUUGGGGGAGAACAUCACAGUACCGGACACCAAGGUCAACUUCCACCACUGGAAGAAGUCGGAGGCUGGGCGGCAUGCUGUAGAAGUCUGGCAGGGCCUGGCUCUGCUGUCGGAAGCCAUGCUGCGUAGCCAGGCCCUGCUGGCCAACUCCUCCCAGCUGCCGGAGACCCUGCAGGUGCACGUGGACAAGGCUGUCAGUGGCCUGCGCAGCCUCACUUCCCUGCUCCGGGCGCUGGGAGUCCAGAAGGAAGCCGUCUCCCCUCCAGAGGUCGCCUCCUCAGCAGCUCCACUCCGCACAGUCGCUGCUGACACCUUGUGCAAACUCUUCCGCAUCUACUCCAAUUUCCUCCGGGGAAAGCUGAAGCUGUACACGGGGGAGGCCUGCAGGAGAGGGGACAGGUGACCGGGUGCCUCCGCUCUGACCACCACUGCCUGUGCCUGCCUCCCCCCACCGCUCCCCACCCCUGCCACGGGGUUGUCGCCGCAGCGCCCGCCAGUCUCACGAACACUGCAGUGCCAGCAGGUGACAUCUCAGAGGCCAGAGGACUGAGAUGGAAGGAGGAUUCGGAGGUCAGCUUUCAACCCAAGGACAAGGCCAUGCUGGGGAGGCACCUGAGCUCACUCGGUGCCUUGCAGAACUGCGGCAAGCUUUGGAGGCAAAUACUUUUUCCUUUUGCACCCUGCACGCAAGGACAGGAUGGACAGGAGAAUUUAAGUGAUGAGCCGGCCGUCAAUUCUCCAGGUCCCGUGGGGACUCCUGUGACAGCAAGCGCCCACCGCUGGACAAUGGGGGUAGGGGGAGCCAUGAACAUGGAAUAAGGGCUGGUCCCUGAUUCUCAUGGGGGUCCAUGUUUGGUGUACGUUCUAUAAUCACCAGCAAGAACGGAAACCACCCCCUGCUUCCUGGGCACGGGCCCUGUCCGGGCAGCUGGGCGUCAGGUCUGGGAAACCAGUGGUGGAGGGGGCUGGGCCCUACGUGCUGCCUCACACAGCCUGUCUGACCUCCUGACCCCACUGGGCCUGAGGCCACUAGCUCUGCCCACGUUGGUCAAUAAGGUGGCCCCAUCCAAGGCUGCGUCUCAGUAGGCAGCUGCCAGGAGCCCAGGACAAGCCGUGAGUGACCGUGUCUGCGAUCAGGGAAGUGGGUAGCAGAACUCCUGGCAUUCCCUUGGCAUGCCGCAGUGCACGAGUCCCUGUCCAUGCAGCUGCCCUCUCUCCUUGCCCCGGGGGCUGGCGGCACAGAGGCUCCGCCCUGAGACUCGCAGAAGAGGCAACAGAGGUGCACCUUACUGCGCACCUGCUCUGGGACAAGAGCCGCUCCUGGUGUGUCCGCCUGCGACCUCAGCGUGUCCCUGUGAGACAGCUCCUGCUGCCACGCCCAUCACACGGAUGAAGAAGUGAGGCAGCGACAGGCCCUUGGCGCGGUAGUGAAGGUACCACGUGGGACGCUGGCAUCUCAUAUCCGAGUGCCUGGAUUUGAAUCCAGACUCUGCUUUCUGCUAAUUCGCAGCCUGGGAGGCAGCAGGUGUGGCUCAAGGACUUGGGUCCCUGUCACCCACAU